CCCGCGAGAUCGAAACAAGGCAGAGCGGCGCAGAAUCGGGCGAGAGCAGCUCGCGGGGACGCGCAGUCACACGGACGCAGCGGGCCGACAUCGCUGUGCCUCUGCCUGUCGGCGGUAACGGACACACUUUCAGAAUGGCAAUGGAGCUUUACGACGCUCAGUACCUGCUCAUCCUGGCCCCCACCCUGGUGAUUGCUCUCAUGUUCCUCUUCUUCUGGCUCUUCAUGAAAGAGACCUCCUACGAUGAGGUGCUGGCACGACAGAAGCGUGAGCUCAAGCUCCCGCCCAGCAAGCCUGAUGCCCGUAAGAAGGGCGACAAGAAGAAGAGCAAGAAGAAGGAGAGCAGCGGCAGCAGCGGUGGUGGGGGCAGCGGAGGAGGCGGGGGUGGUGAGUCAGAGGAGGACCCAAGGGACUUUGACCUGACAGAUGCAGUGGUGAACCCAACCCCGGAGGAGGAGCAGCCGCUGCCGACCCCGCCUGCGCCGAUCCUGCCUGCGCCAACCCCCGUGGAGCCGCCCUCUGCCGUGCGGGAGAGGAAGAAGAAGGAGAAGAAGCAGCAGCAGCAGCAAGUCACUGCUCCCCGGGUUACCCCAGGGCCUGCCCCCACCUCUGCCCCAACUUCCAUCCCCACCCCUACACAUGCGCCUGAGGAACCGACUCCUAUCCGUGAGGUGAACGGCUCUAAGCCCACCCCACGCAAGAACGAGCCAGUCCUCCCCGUCACCAAGCAGCCGAGCCCCCCUUCAGUUGAGCCCAGUGGGAAGAAGAAGGGCUCACAGAAGAAGCAGAAGAGCGAGGCCAGUGAGCUGGCCAAGGAGAAACAGGCGGAUGAGCUUCAGUUGGAGACCAAGGUGGAGCAGGCUGCUGUCCAAUCGAGGAAGGAGAUUCCUGUAGCUGUGGACGCCAAAGUGCAGGACGGCACUUCUGUCCCCACAACCAGUACCACCAGCAGCAAGAAGAAGAACUCUGCAAAGAAGCAGAAGACAGAGCCCGUCUUGGUCAACGAGCCACCUGUCCAGGCCUCCCUGUACAUCCCUUUAACAGACAGCGACUCCCCGGCACCCUCCAGUGCCCAGAAGGGCCACCAUCAGGAUGCCCCUGUCAAGGUCAACGCCAAAAAGCAGAAGAACGAGACGGACAAGGAGCAUUCGGAGGUGAAGCUGAAGGAUUUCCUGGCGGGCCUGCGCAGCCUGGCACUGUCAGAGGAAGAGGCAGUGAGCGUGGCAGCCGUGCUGAGGGAGAAGAGCCCCUCGGCCUUGGACGCCUGGCACAGGUCUGCUGCAAAGGCAGAGCCAUCUGCCCAGCAGAUCCAGGAGAGGGAAAGACUCCUCACCACCCUGCAGGAAGAGGCUUCCAUCGCCAAGGAAAAGGUCAAGCAGCUGAGCCAGGAGCUGCAGAUGGAGAAGCAGAAGACGGGUCGUGUGGAGGCCCUCCUGCGCGACCAGCGUGGGGCCAUGGAGGAGCAGCUUAGCGUCAUGCAGGCCAAGGCCCAGAACAGCUACCAGGAAGUGCAGAUGAAGUUCCAACAGGCAAGAGAGCAGCUGGAGGGCCAGAUCAGCCGUCUGCAGCAAGAGAACAAGAUCCUGCGGGACGCUGUCAGCACUGCCACCAAUCAGAUGGAGAGCAAGCAGGCAUCGGAGUUGAACCAGCUGCGUUCCGAGCGUGCGGCCCUCAUAAAGGAGCUGUCCGAAAGCGGCAGCAAACUGCAGCAGGAAGACAUGCAGAGGAAGAGCCUGGAGGUUAAUUACAAGCAGAACAUCUCACAGCUGGAGGCUCAGCUGCAGGACGCCAAGUGCCGGUGGGAGGAGCUGCAGGGCUUCCUGCACAGCGUCAAUGCUGACAGGGAGAAGCUGCAGGCCAACAAGCAAGAGUUGCAGAACAAGCUGCUUGCAGCCGAGUCUGAGAUGGGCAACAAGAACAAGGAGAUCCAGAACCUCCACAGCAGCCUGACGGACAUGAUGGUAACCAAGGAGGAGCUGGAGCGGAAGGUCAUGCAGCUGCUGGAGGUCUCCCAGCGGCCCCCACCAGAUGACUCCUUGCAGGUGCAGGUGCAGGACCUUUUGACUGAGAAUAAAUCGCUGCAAGUCCAGAUUGAAAAUCUCCAGUCCCAGGUUGCUGCACAGACCACCACUGCCCUUCACAUCGAUGAGCUGCAGAAGCUGCUGGCUGAGAAAGAGCACCAGAGGAAGAGCCUGGAGGACUCCCUCAACACGGAGAGGAGCGCUGGGGCCAGUCGGGAGAAUGACAUGCAGGCCUUGCACACUGAGAACAUGAUGCUGAAGGCAGAGCUCCAAAAGGCACAGGCUCAGAUGGCGGAGCAGGCUUCCUCGCAGCUGGUGCUGGACCAGUUACAGAAAAGUGCCCUCGAGAAGGACGAGAAGAUUAAGACGGUAGAGAAGCUGCUGGAGGCAGGUCUCAUCGAGGUAGCCAAUAAGGAGGAGGAUCUGAAGACGCUGCGAGAGAAAAACGAGGCUUUGAAGAGGGGGAUGGAGGCUCUGCAGCUGCAGCAGUCGCAGCGGAUGCCGUCAGAGUCUGUGCUGGAGGAGCUGCAGAGAGUGGGCCUCAGGCGGGCCGCCUCUCUUGAUGGCCUCCGUGUAGCAGAGGACUCGAGCCAGGGUGAAAGUGAGCCUUGCAAGGACUCCUAUCCGUCAACAGACGACGAUGACCUGGACUUAUUGUACAAGUUGAGGACAGGGGAGAGGCAGCCCUCUGCGUUUAAGGAAGUGGGCAGUUCAGGAGGGGACUCUGAGUGUGACACAGACCCAAUGGCUUCACUAUGGGUCCAAGAGAAAGACGAGAGCAUGAGAAUGGUGCAAGAGAAGCUGCAGGCAGAGAUGGACAAGGUGUUGAGCAAGGAGAAAGCUCUUAAGGAGCUGGAGAAGCAGGUGGAUGACCUGAGGGCAGAGGUGGAGCGUGCAAGACAGCGGGAGAACGAGGAGACCGCUGCGUCUCGCACCCAGCUUCAGGAGCUCCGCUCCCUGCUGGCUGCCAAAGACGAGGAGGUGCAGACUCUGCGCAAGGCUCUGCGGGAGGCCACGUGGGACACUGCAGAGAAGGAACAGCACAUCCAGACACUGCAGGAGGAGAGCUCAGUCUUGAGGAUCCAGCUGGCGGAGCAGCAGCAGGUGCAAGCAGAGGGGCCAAGCCAAGAACUUCUGUCAGGGCUGCUGGAGAAGGAGGCUCAGCUCUCACACCUGCAGACAGAGCUGGAGGAGCUGAGGGCCUCCCUGGAGCUGCAGCGGAGGAAGAACAACGAGCUCCGGGAGAAAAACUGGAGUGCAAUGGAUGCUCUGUCAGCAACUGAGUCGAUGCUUCAGGGGAAACUCAGCAAGACUGCCCAGGAGAGUCAGAAAGCCGUGGAAGCGGCGGAGGCGUCGUGUCGAGAGGUCCUGCACAGACUGCUCCCCAGUGUGCCUCUGCCAUCCAGUCAGAACCACCAAGAGUGGCUGCAGAGAUUUGAAACCGCAGCCAAGCAAGUCUUUUUGGUAGAGCCAGUUCCAGCUAUUGAGUCAGGAGACACCAAGAUGUUGGAAGAGAAGCUGAAGGAAUCAGAGGAGGCCCAGAAGGUGCUACAGAAGGACUGCGAGACUUACAAAAAAGUGUUGGCAGAGACGGAAGGCAUCCUGCAGCGGCUCCAGAACAGUGUGGAGCAAGAAGAGUCUCGCUGGAGGGUUAGAUUGGAGGUGUCACAGGGCGAACUGAAUGAGAUGAAUCUGAAAGUGGUGACGCUGGAGAGUGAGGUGGAUAGGCUCAACUCGGAGGUUGGAGACCUGGAGAACCUAAGGCAUGACAAGCAGCACCUGGAAUCGGAACUGGAGCGGGCUGAGCGUGAGAGCGCCACCUAUGUGACGGAGGUCAGGGAGCUCAAAGAUCUGUUGACUGAAUUGCAGAGCAAACUUGAUGGCUCAUAUACUGAAGCAAUCAGACAGAAUGAGGAGCUGACUUUGCUCAAGAGCCAGUUGACAGAGACUCUGUUCAAGCUGGAGACCGAGGAGAAGGAGCGACAGAAGGUGGCCGGAGAUCUCUAUAAGGCUCAGCAGUCGCUCGAUCUCAUUCAGGCAGAGAUCCUGAAGGAGGUGGGGCAAGCUGACCUGAUCGAGAACAGCACCAUUGCAACACAGAGGGAGGAGAUGGACAGAAGGGAGAAGACGACAGCAGGACUGGAUGAGACUGUGAGAGAGCUGCAGCAGCUCCUUCAGGCUGUGAACAGGCAGCUCACUAAGGGAAGAGAGGCUGAUGGGGACAAGUACACAGCAGACGUAUAGAGGACACUGGGAAGACCUGCCACCCUGCCCUUAGCCUUACUGCGGUACUUCCCACGUGUCCCCCGUUGCGUCCUGUUCCAGUCUAGUC